UCACUUUGUUCUUGCUGUCUCUUUUUAUUUUAAAGACCUGGGAGGAUUUGUUAAUUUGUUGUUUGAUUUAUUGGGGUAGUAAAAGUUCUGUUCUUUUGCGGUAUUGUUCACUUUUUUAGAUAAAAUUCCUGGGCAUCUGAAAUGGGGAUUAAGGUUUUCUCAGCUGGUUUGAUUUUCUUGGAUUUGAUCUGUUGUUUGGUGGGAGAAAGUUAAGUUCUUGAUUUGAUUCAAAUCUGAAGUUCCCAGAGACCAUCUAUCUAUAUAAUCCUUUCCCUUUCUUCUAUUCUGUAUGUUUCUUUCUCCUCUGUGGGGUUUGGGAUAGAGUUUUAUGAUAUGUAAUUUUGUUAGGUGUUGUGUUCUGUGAUUGAACCUCUGCAAUCAAAAUUGGGUUUUGGGGAUUUUUUUCCUUCUUUUUUUUUCUUUCUUCAUUUUGGAUGAGUUUUAGAUUGAUGGAUGAAUUCCAAGAGAAAUGUUGCGACGUAGGGAGCAAUAGUGCCACUUUGGAAAUCCGAAGGGAACAUUACCGAUACCCUCAUCAGUUCCCAAGCUCUUCGUUUGCAGCCUUUUUCCAUUAAAAGAUACAUCUUGGAUUUCCCCAAAUUUUUUUUUUUUAAAAAAAAGGGUUCUUUCAACCAUGUUACUAAUCUUUCAACCAUGUUUUAUAGGAGAAGCAGUUUGCCUUGUUUUAAUAAGAUGACCAACUCAUUCUAAAUUUCUUAGAUAGAAUUCUGAAUUCAUCUUUAGAUCACCUGUGCCAAAGGCUUGCUCUUUUAAUUCUAAUCAUUACUUUGCCAGUCUCAAUUCUUUCUUUCAUGGUGUUGUCUACGGUUGUGGCUGUAGAACAUAAUCUUUAUUCAGUCUCUGAUUCAAUUGGCGCUUUUCCUACAUGAAACAAAGUUUCGAUACCUUCCUCUUUUUUUUUUAUUGCUCUUGUAUUAAUUAAUGUUUCAGAUACAAAGUCCCAUAACAGAGCCGCAACUGUUAAUUCUAUAUAAUAGAUGAGGUUCGAUUCCUUCCUCUUUCUGAGCUGUUCCCUCUGGUUUCCUUGUUAAGUUUUCUGUGGUCUAUGCAGGAAAGUGAUACCUUUCCUUCUUUUAAAGCUUAGGCAAUCCUCAAUGGUAGCUGGCCUUAUGAUUUGCCUUGAAUGCAUUAGAGGAUCCUAUAGUUCAUCAUCUUGCAACUUUGGAUUUUAUAUGGUCGGAUUACCUUAUUGCAUAGCUCUUUGCGUAGUGUGGAGUGAACUCUAUUUUAAACAAAAUCCAGAAGUCUCGGGCAAAAAGAGGGGCAAUGGAGGACAUGAUCUACAAGGGGAGCAUCCUUCGGAUUAAGAAGUGUGCAUUUGAUCUCCUUUCAUUGGAGGAGGAUCUGGUAGAUGAUGAUGAGGACUCAUGGGAGCUGAUGGGAAGAGAUCUCCGGCUUAAAUCGACCUUUUUGUACUGUGAUCUCAACCAUGUCAUCUCAAAUGCUCGUGACGAGCACAAGAAGACUCUCACUGACCUUGGCAAUAAGUUGUUCUACUUCAUGGAAGAGCUGGAUCAGGCAGUGAAGAGCAGAAGCAUCUCUCUAAUACAGAUCCGUUACAAUGAUGCAGCUCAUGUGCUGCAGGAAGUGAUCAUGUCACUUCAUUAGAUCCAAAGUGGACUUCAAAACAGAACCGUUAUCCGAGGAAGUGAAAAAGAGAAAUGACCUCCCAAGUAGUUUCCCCUUUUCCUUUCUUUAUUUUCUCUUUUCUCUGUAGAAAAAUGAAAAAAAAAGGCUUAUGUCUUCGGCGCCGGUACGUUCACUAUAUGAGUAUAUGGUGACUGCAUUAAGGAAAGCAAAUGAUCUCGCUCUCUGAAGGCUUGGUAGCCUAGCCAUUCUUAACCAUCUGAGCUUGGACUACUGUUUCUGAUCAAGCUCAUGCAGCCGCAGAGCCUGAUAUCAAAAUACAUACCAAACAAUGCAUCCGAACGCCCUCGUAGUCAUGGAGGUAGUACUAAAAACCUCACCAACCAUAAAACAGAGACGAGAGCAGGGAGGCAUAGAACCAAGCUAAGAAACCUCUGUUCUAUUCUACUCAAGCAAGCAAAAGGGAGUGGAAUUUGUUGCAUAGUUCAUCAGAUUUUCUUUCUGAACAUUUUGAGUCAGCACCCGCAAUUAUGGCUACGGAGGGAUUGCUUUGAAAACAUUGUUUCUACUCUAGAAUAAUGUUUUUUUUACUCUA